GAAGGCGGAGCCGAGGGAGGGAAGACACGGCGCCAGGGCUGCCAGAGAUGGUCGCCCGCUUUAAAAGAAGACGGAGGAGGAGGAGGAAGAAGAAGAAGAAAAAGGGGGAAAGGCGAGCUCUAAGGGGGUUUCUCCGCGCGUCUCUUUCCCCAGCAGCGGUUUGCUUUCAGGUUUUCAGAAUGGGAGCUUGUGCAUAAUGCAGUGAGAAGAGAACAUGGAUGUUUUCAACCAAUAUAGGAAGAUAAUGGAUAUGCUUCCCUGAAAAAGCCAUAUAACCACCCACAAAGCAAGCAUGGCUUUUGCCCAGUCGCACAUUAUGACAGCUAGAAGGCAUCAGCACAGUAGACUCAUAAUUGAAGUUGAUGAGUACAGCUCAAACCCAACACAGGCGUUCACGUUCUACAACAUUAACCAGGGACGUUUCCAGCCCCCACAUGUGCAAAUGGUGGAUCCCAUUCCACACGAUGCUCCCAAGCCUCCGGGAUAUACCCGUUUUGUCUGUGUAUCUGAUACUCACUCCAGAACAGAUCCACUCCAAAUGCCAUAUGGAGACGUUUUAAUACAUGCUGGUGAUUUCACUGAACUGGGACUUCCAAGUGAAGUUAAAAAAUUCAAUGAGUGGUUAGGCAGUCUACCAUAUGAAUACAAGGUUGUGAUAGCAGGCAAUCAUGAGCUGACAUUUGACCAAGAGUUCAUGGCAGAUUUAAUCAAGCAGGACUUUUACUAUUUCCCAUCUGUAUCUAAACUGAAGCCAGAAAGCUAUGAAAAUGUACAGUCUCUCUUAACCAACUGCAUAUAUCUGCAAGAUUCAGAAGUGACAGUGAGGGGCUUCAGGAUAUAUGGCUCCCCAUGGCAACCUUGGUUUUAUGGCUGGGGCUUUAAUCUUCCACGAGGUCAAGCACUCUUAGAGAAAUGGAACCUAAUUCCAGAUGGAAUAGAUAUUCUAAUAACUCAUGGACCACCUCUUGGUUUCUUAGACUGGGUUCCUAAGAAAAUGCAACGAGUGGGAUGUGUUGAGCUGUUGAAUACAGUCCAGAGACGAAUACAACCACGUCUUCAUGUUUUUGGACAUAUUCAUGAAGGUUAUGGAGUCAUGGCUGAUGGAACUACUACCUAUGUGAAUGCUUCUGUUUGUACAGUGAAUUACCAGCCACUCAACCCACCUAUAGUUAUUGAUUUACCGACUCCAAGGAACACAUGAUUAUUAAAGGACACAGAGGCGAAUCCCACAACAUUAGCAGGGGCCUGCUGCUAGGCAACAUGAUUACUAGACCUGUUUUAAAUUAUGAAAAUAUUUUUCUUCUUUCUUUAUGGACAAAAUGAAGAGGCAAAUAUGGACAGAGAGCAUAAGUGUUUGGUAUCACAGCCUUCUGGAAGUACUUUAAUGGACCUAGCAUAUGGCUUUGAAAUAACUUUUUAAUACAUAAAAAGGGUAUGCAUUGGUGCAUUUUGUACAUUCUGUAUGUUAUACUGAACAUAAGAAAAAGACAUGACUCUUCAGCAAAAUGAUUGUUUAUGAAUGUUUAUAGUUUAAUUUGUGAAAUGCUAAAUAAUAGCAUCUGAUUAUUUUAAAAAUGGCUUCACAGAUCAAAUGGGCAGAUGCAGUUGUGCCAGAUUCUUUGAAAAGAUAUGGUGGGUAUAGUCCAGUACCUUAAAAGUUUAAGUGGAGAAAGGAAGCAGAAUUCUUAUUACCUUCUUUCAAAUAUUCCAUUGAAACAACUAGUAAUGUAUAGAAUUUUUAUUAUUUAAUUUAAUUUCUUUUUGCUUUUGACAUAAAAAAGUAAGGUGAUACUUGACUGCUUACUAAAAUGCUGUAAACUGCAGGAAACAAAAUCAGAAAAAGGGUAAUUUAGAUGUAAACUCAGGAAUAUCACAUACACUCCUGCAAAAUCUAAUUGUGUGUCCCAACUAGAACACGUGAACUAUUUAAGUGGGAUAGAUGCUGAUUUAACAUUUGGCAUUUGAUACAAUAGACUAACAAUUGUAUUUAACCCAAAUAAUUUUGCUGUAAAAUCUCAUUCUGUAAGUUUAUGAGUAAUGCAGUUUUUACAGCAUAGGGUUUAUGUAUCAGUCAUGUCUUCAUUCCAGUUUCUUCAUUUUUAUCAUUUUUUGGCAGUGGCACUGAACUCAUAACUUGAUUGAACAUAAACCAAUUUAUGUCAUCUCUGCUAUUGUUUUUGUUAUCAUUUUUAUUGGAGAGAGUUUCCUUUUUAUUAUAUAGGAUAUGGCCCUUUGAUGAAUCAAGCAUUGAUAUUCACUUGAACGUGAUGGUGAAAGAAGAAAGAACUGAAAACAGCUGUUAUGUCCAUAAAGGGUAACUAUAUGAAUGUUUUAGAUUAGUUCCAGAGCGAGAUCUCUAGAUCUGGGCAAACAUCUUUAUCACAUCGAAGACAGAUCUCAGAAGCCAAGUCCACAUUCAACAAAGCUGGCAAAUGCACCUGCUCACCACCUGUAUUUCAAAGCUUUGGAGCUGUCCCGAUGUGCAGCUAACAGGCAACACAGGCAUGGAUUUUAACUGCAGAAUUUCAGGAUUUGGAGGCUCACAGUCAAAUGUGAGAGCUACAAGAAAUGAUAGAUUUGGUUUGUGGUACUAAACAAAUUACAAAUUCUACAACAGAAAGUAUCGGUUGAUUUUUCAAAAAAAGAAUCACACAUUGUAAAGUUACCGUAUUUCAUCGCGUAAUAGUUGUACUUCUCUCUCCUUCCUCCAAGGCAAGGCAAUUUUAAAAAACUGAAAUUGAGUUCUCUGGAAUUCUGAUCUUUCCUCCUUUCUCCAAAGAACUCCAUUCCAGGUUUUGUAAUCUACAUUGUAUUGGAAUAAGGAGUGAGGAGAAAAAAGUGGAGCUUCAGAGACCUCGGGUUUUAGGUUUUAAACUGCUUUGCCUUUGGAGAAAGAAGGAAAGAAGUAAAGUUCAACCUAAAUGGCUCUGUGUUGCACCCUAGUACUGAGACACCCUUUCACCCAGCACCACACCAGAGGCCAGUGAUCUAAUAAUAAAAUGUUUAUUGAAAAAAGGAAUAAAAAAAGAAAAAAGAACAAACCCAAAAGAUACAGUCAGGAUACAAAAUGCAAUACAAAAAUUAAGUCAGAGUUCAGUUGCAGUAUUUCAAAAAUGGCAGGGUACACCCCAGAAUCAAGGACUCCAAAAGCACAGAAGGAAUCCAAGGUAUUUUCAUGAACAUAGGAAUCUCUUCCAGUUAAACUCUCCAAAGACAAAUAAGCAUAGAUAGGCACAUAAAACAAGAAUCUUGACAAUUCAGAAACCAGGAACUUGGAAACAUGAACAGGAGACACAUUCCCAAAAGCAGCGUUGUCUCCUCUGAGAUGCUUGAAGCCAAACCACCAAAUUUAAGCCUGUCCAGGCUCCCAUGAGAUCAUGCCUAACAAACCUGGAUUUCAAGGUCUUGUUUUGGAUCUGCUGGAAAGAUUGAAGUUACCUGCCUUUCACACCCUGUGUUCUCAAGUCUAAUCUACACUCCCUUAAAACCUCCUCAUCUUCUGAAGGGAAUUGGUACUUUCAGUUUCCCCGGUUGCCUGGGAAUGAUCUAAAGAAUUCCAAACAUCAGCUUGAUCUGCAUGCAAUUCCUCUUGAACACUCACAGACACCUCAUUUUGGAACCCACCAUCCCCCUCCUCUUCUGAACAUUUAGAAAAAUCCCGACGUUUGCCAGACUUCCACACUCUGUAACUAUUUUGUAUGGAAAGCAAAACUACUAUUUUAGCACACAAAAAUGAGGGUUUGACUAUUAUGCAGUGCCAACUAUUAUGCGAUGAAAAAUGGCAUCAAUUAUUUGUAGAUUGAUUUUUUUUCACAUGGUGAGGUAAGCAGAAGUGUAACAUUUUGCAGAAAAGUUACAGUAAAUCAAGCUAUAUGUGAAAGGAGAUGACAGUAAUGUUUGGCCACAGGUCCAAGAACAAAGAUUUGCAAUUGCAGAGGUGACUUCCAAUUCCCAACAUGUUCAAACCUAGUUCAUCCUAAUUUUUCUGGACAUGAUUGCGUAUUUUCCCACACAAAAUGUGGAAGAAUGUUACAUAUGGGACCACUCAAAAUGUGGCUAUCUUUAAAAGCAAGUUUUAUUUAAGUGAUGAAUCCAUAGAAAAGAAAAGAAACCCCUCUUCACUUCCUCAUAAAGGAAUCUAAAAUGUUUACAAUUUCUCAUAGCACUUCAAAAAUGCCUUUAAAAGGAAGUGGAGCAUACUAUUUUAAAAAGAGGCCUCCCUUUUUUGCCCCGAGAAACAUUUCUGUGUCAAUGAAAAGAUACCCUCUGCAGAAUAUUUUUCCUGAGGUACUUUCUUCGAAAUAGUGUGUAUUUUUAUGUGGGAAUGAUAUGAAAGUAACUAUUACCUUUAAAAGGAAAUAUUGCAAAGCUUUUAAAAUUGCAAAAGUUUAAAAGUACUUUGAAACAUUUUGGCAUAAUUGGAUUGUUGUUGUAUUUUUCUGUCAAGCAUGUUAAACCAAUAAAAUCUUAUAAAAUCAUAA